UGGGGCGCAGGCUCUGGUGGCCGGGGGUGGGGCGACACCGUGGAGGGAGCGCGCGCUCCGCAGCCUCCCUGUGGCUCCCGGGCUUCGGCGGCGGCGUCUCCCGCGCACCCAGCCGCCUCCUAGCGGCGCGGCGCCUGCUCCCAGCCUAAAAUGUCGAAUGUGUAAAUUCAGUGGAAUAAAUGGCGUCCAAAGUCACAGAUGCUAUAGUCUGGUAUCAAAAGAAGAUUGGUGCCUAUGAUCAACAAAUAUGGGAAAAAUCUGUUGAACAAAGAGAAAUCAAGUUUAUUAAGCUGGGAUUAAGGAAUAAACCAAAGAAAACAGCACAUGUGAAGCCAGACCUCAUAGACGUUGAUCUGGUGAGAGGGUCUGCAUUUGCUAAGGCAAAGCCUGAAAGCCCGUGGACUUCUCUGACUAGAAAAGGGAUUGUUCGAGUUGUAUUUUUCCCUUUUUUCUUCCGGUGGUGGUUACAAGUCACAUCGAAGGUCAUCUUUUUCUGGCUCCUUGUUCUUUAUCUGCUUCAAGUUGCUGCAGUAGUGUUGUUCUGCUCCACUUCCAGCACACACAGCAUACCUCUGACCGAAGUGGUUGGGCCCAUAUGGCUGAUGCUGCUCUUGGGAACGGUGCAUUGUCAGAUCGUGUCUACGAGGACACCCAAGCCACCUCUGAGUACGAGCGGUAAAAGAAGAAGGAAAUUGAGGAAAGCAGCUCAUUUGGAAGUGCACAGGGAAGGAGAUGGCUCUAGUACCACAGAUAAUACACAGGAAGGAGCUGUCCAGAGCCACAGCCCAAGCAGCUCUUAUGGUGUUGGUGCUGUCUUCAGGGAUCUCUGGCACGCUGCGUUCUUCUUAUCACGAUCAACUAAAACAAAGAAUUCAAUUGAUAAAUCAACAGAGACUGACAAUGGCUAUGUGUCCCUUGAUGGGAAGCAGACUGUUAAAAGCAGUGAAGAUGGAAUACAACAUCAUGAACCUCAUUGUCAAACUCUUCGGUCGGAAGAGACCACCCGGCUCCCAGCAGUGCCGAGGAGCAUCCUCAGCAAAGAUACCCAAAGGACAAUAACAAAUGUCUCUGAUGAAGUAUCCAGUGAAGAAGGUCCUGAAACAGGAUAUUCACUUCGCCGCCACGUGGACAGACCUUCUGAAAGCGUCCUCCGGAAUAGAAAGUCACAUCAUUACAAGAAGCAUUAUCCUAAUGAGGAUGCCCCUAAAUCGGGUACUAGUUGCAGCUCUCGCUGUUCAAGUUCCAGACAGGAUUCUGAGAGCACAAGGCCAGAGUCUGAAACAGAAGAUGUAUUAUGGGAAGACUUGUUACAUUGUGCAGAAUGCCGUUCAUCUUGUACCAGUGAGACAGAUGUGGACAAUCCUCACAUUAACCCAUGUGUGAAAAAAGAAUAUAGAGACGACCCUUUCCAUCAGAGUCAUCUGCCCUGGCUCCAUAGCUCUCACCCAGGAUUGGAAAAGAUAAGCGCGAUCGUGUGGGAAGGCAACGACUGCAAAAAAGCAGACAUGUCUGUGCUUGAGAUCAGUGGGAUGAUCAUGAACAGAGUGAACAACCAUAUACCAGGAAUAGGAUACCAGAUUUUUGGAAAUGCAAUCUCUCUAAUCUUAGGUUUAACACCAUUUGUUUUUCGGCUCUCUCAAGCCACAGACUUGGAACAACUCACAGCACAUUCUGCUUCAGAACUUUAUGUGAUUGCAUUUGGUUCUAAUGAAGAUGUCAUGGUUCUCUCUAUGGUUAUAAUAAGUUUUGUGGUUCGUGUAUCUCUUGUAUGGAUUUUCUUUUUUUUGCUCUGUGUAGCAGAAAGAACUUAUAAGCAGCGAUUGCUUUUUGCAAAACUCUUUGGACAUUUAACAUCUGCAAGGAGGGCUCGAAAAUCUGAGGUUCCUCAUUUCCGGUUGAAGAAAGUACAGAAUAUAAAAAUGUGGCUAUCUCUCCGUUCCUAUCUUAAGCGUCGUGGUCCACAGAGAUCUGUUGAUGUAAUAGUUUCAUCUGCUUUCCUGUUGACCAUCUCAGUUGUAUUUAUCUGUUGUGCCCAGCUGCUGCACGUGCACGAGAUCUUCCUCGAGUGCCACUACAACUGGGAGCUGGUGAUCUGGUGCAUCUCCUUAACACUCUUUCUCUUAAGAUUUGUUACCCUGGGCUCAGAAACAAGUAAGAAGUAUAGCAAUACCUCAAUAUUACUUACAGAGCAGAUAAACCUCUACUUGAAAAUGGAGAAGAAACCUAACAAAAAGGAAGAGUUGACACUAGUGAAUAAUGUUUUAAAGCUGGCUACUAAACUACUAAAGGAAUUGGACAGCCCCUUUAGGUUGUACGGGCUUACGAUGAAUCCGCUGCUUUAUAACAUCACCCAGGUUGUCAUCCUGUCAGCUGUGUCUGGUGUUAUCAGUGACUUGCUUGGAUUUAAUUUAAAGCUAUGGAAGAUUAAAUCAUAACUAUUCGGAGAAAAGGAGAUGGAGCCCCUUCAGAGUCCGAGUGCUCACUACGCUGCUGGAAAGCAGUCGCUGACCCUGAGCUUCAGGAGUCUCCGCUGGGAAUUGAAGUGUUUACAUCAGACUGUCUUGUGCAAUUCUUGUAUUUA